CUGGUCAGUCAUACGUCUUUGUGGCUUGUAGCUCAUGGCUUAUCGCAUCGCAGCGAGUCGGACUGUCAGACAGCAUCAGUCAGUCGCUGGCGAUCGACCACAAUCCACGCGCAGAUCGAGUCGUGUUGCGAAGUGUGAUACGUAGAUGAGAUACGUGAUCGACAAGUAACAGCAGCAGCGAGUUUUCCGCCAAACGAUUCCAUGAUCACGUCCGCGAGAAACGUCGAUCUGCCCGAGCGUUCAACCUUCCUCGGCAGUAAGGCACAUCGAGCGUUUAAGAAAAUGCCGAUCCUGUCCCAAUUAUCACGCCGGUUUCACGACAUGUUGACGACGGAUGCGAAACCAGAUCCGCCACGGACCGAAAUCAAAGGCUACACGCACAAUCUUCCACCGACAUCGGACGAGGAAUUGAGAAAAACACAGUCUAAAUCGACACCUACUACGCCGGAAAAGGAACACGACGACGAUGUUACGAUGCAAGGACAGAAAUCGGUACCGAACGACGCGAGACCCACGACGCCCACUGAUUUUUCCACGAAACCGGAAGACCUUGGUGACACAAAGGAAACCACGAGCGAAUCGAAAGAGUACAAACGACCAAGGACGAAGACGAAAUCAAAACAUACACAAGGCACGAACGUUAUAAAUUACAACAUCGUCAAUUCGAACGGUGUAAAGAUCGGUUCGCGGACCAGCUAUAUAUGCAAUAUAAAUCAGUAUCCGGCGAAUAACGCAUCCGGGGCACAAUCAGAGGCUUCCUGGUCGAAGCCCAAGUAUCGUUCGAUGCCGGAAAACGUGGAAGAGUUGAGCACAUGCGAAGAAGAAAUCGCGUUUGACGAUAUGCUUGUUAUUAAGACGCAUAUUGGACGCGGAUGGCGGGACGUCGCGAGGAGGCUCUCGUACUCGGACGGGCAGAUCGAGCAGUUCGAAGAGAAUUACAGGCACAAGGGUAUUGACGAGGUAAUCUAUCAGCUGCUGCUCGAUUGGAAGCAAGCUAGCACACGGGAUGCCCAACUUGGCGCGUUAGUCAGUAUACUGUGGUCUUGUCAGGAGUACGAUUGUGUCGAGAGAUUAGCCGCAGCUCGCAAAAAUUCAUUUUAUUCAGGCACGACAUAAAUAAUUUCUAUCUAAUAUUUGUAUAUAUGUGAACGAUUGUGAUCUUUUUUUACUCGAAAUAGCAUUCCAUUGUUUUUAUACAUAUCGUAUUUUAGCAUGUAGUUUAUAGACGUACAAUGUACGUAUGAUUUCAAUCGCGAAGAACGUUCACAUUCGUCUAAUACGGAUUCGGGUUGGCAAACGGAAUACUGCUGACUCAGCUAAAGGCUAAUUCACAUUUAGCCUUUGUUCGAUUUGGCAUUGCACGGAAUUACAUUGAACCUGCAGUUCGAAUAGAGAAGCAUGAUUUGGUUAAUAAUAUCCGGACACUAAUAUGACGAAUCUAACGUUGUUUUGCGCGAUACACAUAAUGUAUGCACAACAUUUCUAUCAUCCAUUCUGUAAAAUCUGGCGGAAAUAAUAAUAAUAAAAAAAAAACAACACUUCUCUUUCAGAA